CUUCGCGGUACCCGUAGUGUAGCUAACGCAUGCGCAGUGGAGUUCAUGUGAUUGUUGUGAGUGCAGGAGGAACACGUGUGGAUUUCUGCACUGUAUUUUGUGAAAUAUGGCAAAAACUAACGUUCCCAAAGGAAAAACACGACAAAGUAGACGACUCAAUCCUGGUGUUGUGGAAGAAGAGGGAAACACCACUCCUGAAGAACAAGCAAAAGAUGAGCCAGAAGAGGCCAAAAUAGAAGUAGAAGACAAAGAAGAGAGUGAAGUUAAAAAUGACUCUACAGAAGACAAACCAGCAGAGGAGAAACCGGAGUCUGCAAACACAGAAGAGGUGCAGACUGAAGUGAUCCCUUCAGACGUCCAAGCAGAUGCAGAGGAGCCAACAAAAGAAGAAGAAAUCAAAGAUGAAGAGGAUGCUGAGGCGGAUGCUGUCAUCGAAGUGAAAGGCAGCACACCAACAGUGAGUGUAUCAUGGGAAAAGAAGGAGCAACAAGACCAAGAAAUGACUGAAGAUCUGAUCGAGAGCCACACCGCAGAGAUCAGUGACGAAGGGAAGGCCUCAACCCCAGAAGAGGUUUUGGAUAAAGAACCUGAAGAGACUCCAACAGAAGAGAAAGAAGAUGACAGUGAAGAGGAGGAGACCAACGACACAGUGGAGACUGAGAAGAGAGAAGACGCUGAAAGGGAAACUGCCGCCAGUGAAAAUGGUGAAUGUGGAGCCCCAAAAAGUGAAGAGGAGCAAGUGAGCAGUGAAGGAGAGAGUGAGAAAGUCAAGGAAACAACAGACGUUGAAAUGGAAACUGCCGCCAGUGAAAACAAUGAAUGUGGGUCCCCAAAAAGUGAAGAGGAGCAAGUGAGCAGUGAAGAAGAGAGUGAGGAAGUCAAGGAAACAACAGUUAAAGGAAAACGGAAGGCCCAGCCCUCAGUUGACUUUUCCCCAUCGAAGAAAAGUAAACUCAUAAAUGAUGGUUAUUGUGUUUAUGUUGGAAACCUAAACAAUUCCAAAUUCUAUGAGGACAUCAAAAAUACACUCGCCAACUACUUCAUGACACACAGUCUCCUGGUUCAAGACAUUCGACUGGACAAAGCCAAAAAACAUGCCUUUGUGGACCUGGCCUCAGAGAUGGACCUGAAUAAAGCACUAUCACUAAACGGAGAGGAGUUACUGGACAAACCCUUGAAAGUUGCCAAAGCUAAAGUCAAAGAGGCCACGGUCAAAGUCAAGGAUCCAGAGCAAAUCAAGCAAGCCAAGAAAGAGCGUUCCAUAUAUGUAGAAAACAUCCCUCUUUCUGCUACAAGAGAAGACUUGGUGAAGGUGUUUCCAAAAUUGACAGCUGUGAGGUUUCUUGGAGGAAUGGGUUGUGCAAGUAAAGGUGUUGCUUUUGUGGAAUUUCAACAUAAAUCACUGGCUAAGGCAGCUCUGAAACUGAACAAGAAAGUCAAGAUGCAGGAACGUGUGCUGAGGGUGAGCCCACUCAGAGACGCAACCAAAAGUGACUCCACUAAGAUUGAAGCUCCUCCCAGUGCCACUUUGUUUGUGAGAAAGCUGCCAGACAGAGUUCAGGAAAAACACAUCAAAAAAGUCUUUACGAACGCUGUAAAAAUCAACAUUCCACAGAACGAAGGGAAAUCCAAAGGAUAUGCCUUUGUAGAGUUUGAAUCUGUGGCAGAGGCAGAGGCGGCUCUAAAGUCCAGUGUAAAUAGUAAAAUUCUGAAGAGACCGUUCAAAGUCGCGUUUGGUUUGAAAUCAAAAACUGAGGAAAUAAAAGUUCCAUCUAAAUCCCUGGUAGUUCUGGGUCUGAGCGAAGGAACCAGCGCCAACACCCUGAAGGAGGCUUUUGAAGGAGCUCUGAGCUCAAGGAUCCUAAUGAACAAAAGCACUGGACUCUCGAGGAAGUUUGGCUUCGUGGAUUUUGAGAGCGUGGAGUCGUGCACAGCGGCCAAAGAGGGGGCAGGCGACAUGGAGAUCGACGGAUGCAAAGUGACUGUGGCCUUCGCUCGCCCCAAAAACUCUGAGGAGGCGAAUAGCGGAGAGAAAGGAACCAAAGGAGAGAAAGCGUGCUCAAGAGGAAAAAGACAUGGAGGUGAUCAAUCCUCACAGAAGAAAAGAAAACAGGCUGCAGAUCUGAAAUGAGAUUUGUUUAUGAAGAGGAGACUAGAAAUAUUUUUAUUGUGAAUGAUGUGAAUAUGUGUAAAGAUGAGGAAUUGUCUUUAUAUGAUUUUGUUUAAAAUAAAUAAAUAAAUAACUUGAUUAUUUUGUGGAGACA